CCCCCCCCCCCCCCCCCCCCAAAAAAAAAAAACCGAAAGCAAAGGAAAGCAAAAUGGCGAUAGCUUCAUCCACCGCCAAACCCGCCGCAGGCGCGCCGCCGGCUGCACCAAGCACAAGUACGGACCACCAAUCGCAGACAACUCCCGACCUCAGCAAGGAAUAUGACACACCACUCGGACUCGCGCACACCACAAUGCAGGCCCUCAAGGGCCGCAUCAAGCUGCACUACGACCUCGCCAGCGACUAUUACCUGAACCUCUGGGGCGAGCACAUCCACCACGGGUAUUGGCCGACGGACGAGUCUAAGGCCACCGACUCCAAGGAGGUUGCCCAGCUGGCCCUCAUCAAGCUGCUGCUCGACGUGUCACGCGUCGCCGACGGCAGCCGCGUGCUCGACGUCGGCUGCGGCGUCGGCGGCACCUCGCGCUAUCUCGCCGCCGAGCUGGGCUGCACCGUCACCGGCAUCACCAUCUCGCCCAAGCAGGUCCAGAUCGCCACCCGCCUGACCAAGGCGGCGGCGGCCGCCGCCGCCGCGUCUGCCUCCUCGCCACAGCUGCAGCAGUCGACAUCGGCGUCAGCGCAACCGCCGGCUGCCGCCGCAGACGCUGCCGACGCCGACGGCUUCAUCCGCCUCGGCAAGGGCCGCGUGCGCUUCGUCGAGCUCGACGCCGAGAGCAUGGGCGACUACUUUGCCGCGUCCUCGGAGAGCUUCGAUGCCGUGUGGAUCAGCGAGGCGCUGUCGCACUUCCCCAACAAGGCGCUCUUCUUCCGCAACGCCUACCGGCUGCUCAAGGCCAGCGGCAAGCUUGUGCUUGCUGACUGGUUCAAGGCUGACGGCCUGGGCCAGGCCGAGUUCGACGCCGACAUCAAACCAAUAGAGGACGGCAUGCUGCUCCCGCCCCUGUGCGUGCAGCACGACUACGUGCGCCUCGCCGAGGAGGCCGGGCUCGAGGUCCUUGCCGGCGGGCCCAAGGACAUCAGCCAGAACGUGAGCAAGACAUGGGACAUCUCGUGGGCGCUCGUGCAGAACCCCGCGCUCUGGGCGUUUGCCUUUUCGCAGGGCCGCGACGGAAUCGCGUUCCUCCAAGCCUUCCGGGCCAUGCGCCGCGGCUAUGCCAACGGCAGCUUCCGGUAUGCCGUCAUGACGUUUGAGAAGUGAACAGCCAGCUGCUUUGCCUGUUCUCCUGUAUAGACCCCUAGACGCCGUGGAUAGAUAGAUAGGUAUAUACCUAGACACAGAUAACACAAAAUAUGGCGCAGCUCUUUUCCGUUGAUGAGGAUGGUGGUGUUGAUGGUGGCGAUCCUUGUUUUCUCAGAGUGAGUUUAGACGGCGGGAGUGAGGCAGGCUGAG